AGAGAUAGAGAGAGGCGGGUGAGGGAUUGGCAUAAUGGAGUCACAAGUGUUAACUGCGUUAAUGCUAAUAAUAUGCUUAGUUCCUUGCUGCUCUUCCCAGAUGCAACCGAUGCUGCUGCAUCGUAAAUCUCCGAAACCCACAACCUCCUACGCUGUCAUCUUCGACGCCGGUAGUACUGGUAGCCGUGUCCAUGUCUUCCACUUCAACCAGAUCCUAGACCUCCUUCCCAUCGGCCAAGAUCUUGAGUUUCUCGACAAGGUUAAACCGGGUUUGAGUGCAUAUGCUGAGAACCCAGAAAAAGCUGCUGAAUCUCUCAUUCCACUUUUAGAGGAAGCCGAGAGUGUUGUUCCCAAGAGGGUGCACCACAAGACUCCCCUCAAACUUGGGGCAACCGCAGGUUUGAGACUUCUGAAAGGAAAUGCUUCUGAAUUGAUCUUGCAGGCGGUCAGGGAUAUGUUCAAGGAAAGAAGCACUUUAAAACUCGAGCCUGAUGCUGUUGCUGUUAUUGGUGGAACCCAGGAAGGCUCUUAUCUAUGGGUGGCAAUAAACUAUCUACUGGGAAACUUAGCAAAAGAAUAUGGGGAGACAGUGGGAGUGGUUGAUCUGGGAGGAGGGUCAGUUCAAAUGGCAUAUGCCAUCUCAGAGGAAAAUGCUGCCAAGGCUCCCAACGCUCAACAAGGAGACGACCCUUACGUAACCCGGAUGUACCUUAAGGGAACCAAGUAUUCCGUCUAUGUUCACAGUUACUUGCACUACGGGAAAGAAGCAUCUCGUGCAGAGAUCUUGAAGGUGACCCGUGGUUCUAACAACCCUUGUAUUUUAGCUGGUUUUAAUGGGUCUUAUGUAUACGGAGGAGUGGAAUACCAGGCGUCAGCCAUGCCUGGCGGGUCGAGCUUCAGUGAAUGCAGAAACACAGUUCUGAAGGCUCUCAAUGUGAACGCCACAUGCCCAAACGAGAACUGCACAUUUGGUGGCAUCUGGAACGGUGGAGGAGGACCUGGCCAGAAAAACCUCUACCUCGCCACUUCUUUCUAUUACUUGGCUACUGAGUCUGGCAUUGCCGAUAUAAAGAAGCCCAGCGACAAAGUUCGAAUCGUGGAUUAUAAGAUUGCGGCCGAGCUUGCUUGCAAGACAGCAUUAGAGGAAGCCAAAUCCACCUUCCCACUGAUGAAGGACAAUGUGCUUCAAUAUGCGUGCCUGGAUCUUGUAUACCAGUACACCUUGCUGGUUGAUGGGUUUGGGCUGGAUCCAUGGCAAGAAGUGACGGUGGUGAAGCAAGUGAAGUAUAAAGAUCAUCUGGUAGAAGCAACCUGGCCACUGGGCACCGCCAUUGAAGCCGUAUCAUCUUUACCCAAAUUUGAUCGGCUCUUGUACUUUGUUUGAUUUCCCGUUUCUUAGCCUUCAGCAGCUGAUGAUCAGAUGUUUCCAUAUUGGCCAUAUGAGGUGGAAGUAAUAAGAGCAAUCUUUUUAUAUCUCGAAGAAAUGUAUGCAUGGAAACAUUUCUUAUCAGUUUAACGUCAUGCUGCUUUGCAAAAACUGAGUGCUCUUUUCUGUUUAAGAAAGAAAAAAGAAAUUUGGAUGGUUUUGUUCAGCU